CAAAAUAAAAGUGACUGACUGAUAGAACAAUUUUACGAUUUGUCUAUUAUUGCCGGCUCGGCUGGUCACGUGAUAUAGUGUGUGUAAUUGACAUUUUCGUUUUUCGAAUCAAAGUUUAUUUUUAAUUAAAGUAUACUUUUGUUAUUUUUUAUUUACACAAACACUUAGCAAUCAGCCAUAUGAACAAUUUUAGGGUGUUAGCGAGAACCAUGUCAUCGAUCGCGAAGAGUUUUGAAACACACAUGGUGGUGCCUGAUGUCGUGCCCAAAGCCCCUCAAGCGUUAUUGUCGGUGAAGUACCCAAGCGGCGCGGAGGUGGCCGAAGGCAACGUGCUGACUCCCACCAUGGUGAAGGACAUUCCCUCGGUCUCGUGGGACGCUUCACCAGACCAGUUCUACACACUCGCCAUGACUGACCCCGACGCGCCGUCCCGCCAAGACCCCAAAUUCCGUGAAUGGCACCACUGGUUGGUGGCCAACAUCCCUGGCAACAACGUGGCUGCGGGCGAGAACCUGUCCCAAUACGUCGGCUCCGGGCCCCCGCAGGGCACCGGCCUCCACAGAUACGUGUUCCUCGUCUACCAACAACCUGGCAAACUGUCCUUCGACGAGCCCAGGCUUACCAACAGAUCCGGCGACAACCGUGGAAAGUUCUCGAUCGCCAACUUCGCCAGGAAGUACAACUUGGGCGACCCCAUCGCGGGCAACUUCUACCAGGCUGAGUGGGACGACUACGUGCCUAUACUGUACCAACAACUUGGCGCCUAAGCAGAAGGGAGAUCAACAUUACUACUAACAUAUAUAUCUAAGAAUAUAAAUGCAGUGAUCAUCUGAGUAAUGUUCUACAUUCUAUUGCAUUAAUCUUAUGUGGUAGUUUCAUAUCUUUCAAGGAACAUAUACAAUGGCUACAUCUUAAUCUAUUUGCUUUCUGCCGAUUAUAUUAUAAAUAUAAUGGUACUGUGCUACCACUUGCUCAAUAUAUAAUGAAUUGUUUAAGAUCAAUAUCAAGAAUUGUUUAAGCUUAAAAUCAAUUAAAAUCAUGUCAAGCAAUACGACCAUUGUUAAAGUUUUGUAUCCUUCUAGGGGUUAUUAUAGUGGUAUGCACUUUA